UCACGAGCUCAUCGUUUCUUUUAUAAAGAUGGUGUGCUGCAUGCCCUGCUGGCAGAACUCCCGGAGAUGGGCAUUUGACACGAGAACACUGUAAAUGGUUUCUCGUGAAAAAUCAUAUUCACUUGAAAACUUUUUGUCCGCUCCAAAUCCAUGAUGAAACAGAUCCUGUGGGCUGCCUAAAACCACUCUCAGAGAUACUUGAUGAUCCUCCCACUUGGGGACUUUUAACUUGAAAAUUUCAUCCUUAAAAGUAGUUCCUUCUGUGCACUGUGCCUCCCACAAGCAUAAAAAGCAAUUCAUUUAUGUCUAUGAAUCAGUCACCCAUUCCCCAGUACCUGUGUGCAUUGGUUUUAUGAGUCUGACAGUAUUACUGAUAUCAUUUUAUGCUCGGCAGAGUGAUUCAAAGUACAGUCUGGAUUCUCUGAUAAGGAAAGUCCAUGGUGACUAUACAUGGGUUGUUAAAUCAGUUUUAAAUAAAGAAGACACAGGGAAGUGGGGACGCAGACUAUUUUAAGUAUUUUGUCUUUUGGCAGAAUUCUGAGCAGAAAGAUUUACUGAUGUAAAUCCAAAAUACCCAUCAGUUGGUUCAACCCCAAUCCACAAAUUUCCCAUAUACAUAUAACUAAAUGAGCUCUAUAAGAUGUUUUAAUCUUUCAGUUUCUUAGGAUUUGGCACGCACCACCUUCGUUGCUCAGUCUGAGGAUCACUUCCCAUACAUAGAGUGAGGUGCAGAGGGCUCUGCUCUCUACACUAUAGUGGACAGAGCUUUGGUCAAAGCUUUAGAGAAUCCAUAGGCUCUGGUUUGACAUACAUAUAUCUGGCAAGAAUCAAUUUUUUACUAAUUUAAUGCCAUUUUUAAUGUACAAUGGCUCGUUUUCCCACUUCCAUCACGGGUUUUAAUGUGAUGAACAAAUUAUAAUGCUUCCUCUUCCAGAAUGGUCGCCUGCCUUUUGUCCUGUGCUUUCUGGUCGGUUGUGUUUUGUUAGUACUUGCUAAUAUACUUGAAAGCAGAUAUUCUUUGGCACUGAGUGUUGGAAGCCUGAAACCUUUUGUUUUGAUGCUUCUAUGAGAAGUGUGCCUGUUUUGGCAGACCUGAAAUCACAAUGGGUUUCAACAUCCAGAUAAAUGUAGUUCUCGUAAUUUGGUUUGUUGUUUGUGUCGGAAGUAUUGAUGCUGAUCAGUUCUGUGUCAAUUUUUACUCAAAAUCUUGUCCCAGUGUGGAGGCAUUAGUGUUGGGUGUUGCCAAACAAAAAUUUGUGGAGGCACCUGUUUCAGCUCCAGCGACUAUAAGGCUAUUCUUCCAUGACUGCUUUGUUGAUGGAUGUGAUGGAUCAGUGUUAAUUUCAUCCACCCAAAAACAUCUUGCUGAAAGGGAUGCAGCUGACAACAAAAAUUUGGCUGCUGAUGCCUUUGAUACUGUCAAUAAAGCAAAAGCAGCUGUGGAGGCCAAGUGCCCUGGUAUUGUCUCAUGUGCUGAUAUUCUUGCCAUUGCAGCCAGAGAUUUUGUUGCUUUAGCAGGAGGUCCAAAUUAUCCAGUGAAGAAAGGCAGAAAAGAUGGAAAGCUAUCAGCUGCAUCUCGAGUUACAGGAAAUCUCCCACAAGCUAAUUACACAGUGGAUCAAUUGCUGAAUUUGUUUGCUUCGAAGGGCCUAAACAGAUCAGACCUGGUAGCUCUAUCUGGAGCUCAUAGCAUUGGUUUUUCUCAUUGUGAUGGAUUCUUGGACCGUUUAUACAACUACCACAAGACAAAUAAACCGGACCCUUCCAUGGAUCCAAAGCUUCUAAAAGCUCUAAGGAUGUCAUGUCCUCCAAUGGGUGGCAAUACAGAUAUUCUUUCUCCUUUUGAUGUGAACACACCCUUCAAAUUUGACAGCAUGUAUUACAAUAACCUGCAACUAAAUUUGGGGUUAUUGGGAACUGACCAAGCUCUCAUGGGAGACCCACGAACAAAAACUCUGGUUCAAUUCUAUGAUAAGUAUGGAAACAAUUUCUUUCAAGAUUUUAGUUCGGCCAUGGACAAAAUGGGAAGCAUUGCUGUCAAGACAGGAAACCAGGGUGAAAUCAGAAAAGACUGCACUAGAUUUAAUGCCUAAGAAUCUGUUUUUUUAAAUCACGUUUAAAUCUUCUUCCUUGGAGUAUGAAUCCAAAGUACUGUGCAGUUGUUGAAGGUUGACUUCAGAAGUUUUCUACCACGUUGAUCUCUGUGUAUAAAAUUGAUUUGGUGACAAAUUCAAUUACGAACGCAUCACAGUAUUUGACGUUGUACUUCUGGAAUUUCUGAUCCACAGUGUUUUUCAAUGUAUAUUCUUAUGAAAAAUGUAGAUCACACCCCAAAAUCAAGAUUUAAUCUCUCGCAAUAAAACCAUCUCCAUAAUAUUUUAUAUAAAU